GUCUCUGUGUCUGUGUUCGUGUCCGCGUCUGUCUCUAUGGGGGGCUCUGAGGAGAAAGAGAGGCAAAAGAAGAUGAAGAAAAACAGUAAGAAGAAGAAGGGCAGUGGGCAGGGAAGUGAAGGAGCUCCUCCUCCUCCUCAGGUGAUAACCGAUGAUCGAUUUGCGUCUGCUCAGACCGACCCUCGCUUCUUGGAAGCACCAAAGAAGCGCUCCAAAGUGCCUAUUGAUUCUCGCUUCCGACAUGUCUUUACCCACAACAGCUUCACCUCAUCCAAUGCUUCUGUAGACAAGAGAGGCAAACCCAACAACAACAAUAAAGCCGCCAUCUCUCUCAAGCACUACUAUCGCCUUCAACAACAACCCGGUGAAAAUGAUAAUGAGAUUCAGAAUGAAAAUUCUCAAAUUGAAGAAGAUGAUCAAAGUGACAGAGAUGUUGAACCUGACCGAAUUGGUCGCCAAACUGAGAGUGAAAACGAGACAUCAAGUGAGACUCCCGAGGACGACGACGACGUGGAGAGUCUUGAUGGAUCAUCAUCUACUAGCACUUCAGAUUCAGAUGACCAAUAUAUGGAUGAAGAGGAGGAAGAUACCUUUAUGCAGCUGGAGGACAAUGUACCAGAAAUUGAUGAGGAAACACGAAGGCUAGCCGUUGUUAAUCUGGACUGGAGUCAAGUUAGGGCUGUUGACUUAUAUGUUUUGCUAAGUUCCUUUCUUCCUAAAGGGGGUCAAAUUCUGUCUGUUGCUGUCUAUCCAUCUGAGUUUGGACUUAAGCGCAUGGAAGCAGAGGCUAUCAGUGGUCCUAUUGGAUUAUAUGAUGAUGAGGAGAAGGAUGAUGAUGAUGAUGGGGAGGAUGAUGAGAUUGAUAACAAGAAGCUCCGUGCUUAUGAAUUAAGUCGGCUGCGGUAUUAUUAUGCUGUUGUAGAAUGUGAUUCAAGUUCUACCGCAGACUACCUCUACAAAACUUGUGAUGGGGUUGAGUUUGAAAGAUCAGCAAAUAAGUUGGAUUUGAGAUUCAUUCCAGAUUCCAUGGAUUUUAAGCAUCAGCCACGUGAUGUUGCGACUGAGGCACCAGCGGAUUAUGAAGGUUUAGAUUUUCAAACACGAGCAUUGCAACACAGCAACAUUCAUCUCACUUGGGAUGAAGAUGAACCACAGCGUGCGAAGAUGUUUAAGAGAAAAUUCAAUGAUGAGCAGCUUGCUCAGUUGGAGUUGAAAGAGAUCUUGGCAUCUGAUGAGAGCGAAACAGAUGACGAACAAAAGCCAGAUAAAUACCGUGCUCUGAUUCUAUCAGGGGGCGGCUCAGAUGAAGAUCAUGAAGAGGAUAGUUUGCAAGAUAUGGAGGUUACUUUUAAUUCUGGUUUAGAAGAUAUAAGCAAACGUAUUUUAGAAAAGAAGGACAAGAAAUCAGAAACUGUUUGGGAGGCAUAUCUCAGAAAGAGAAAAGAGAAAAGAAAGGCGUCAAAAAAUAGGUCCAAGUAUUCAUCAGAUUCAGAGGAAAAGAGUAGUGAUACUGAUCAAGAACUUGCAGAACAACCAGAUGACUUUUUUGUUGAAGAGCCUUCAACCAUGGAAAGUAAGGGCACUCCAGUUAAAAGCACUAAAAAAGGAAAAUCAAGUGAAGAGACCAUCCGAGAAGCUGAAGCAAGUAGGGCCGAACUUGAGUUAUUAACUGCUGAUGACAAGGGAGCAGAUGCCAACUUAAAGGGCUACAACUUGAAACCCAAGAAGAGCAAAGGAAAGAAAGGGAAGGGAAUUCCAGACGAGGAGAAAAUACCAGCUGCUGACUAUGAUGAUACACGUUUUUCAGCUUUAUUUACCUCACCACUCUUUGCUCUGGAUCCAACUGAUCCUCAAUUCAAAAGGAGUGCAGCUUAUGCUCGGCAGGUUACAAAGAAACAGAAGACAUACGAGCAGCAAAGUGUUGGACAAAUGGGUCAGGAAGAGAAAGCAACUUCUGAUGGAUUGGCUAAGAGAAAGGAGAAGAAUGAGUUGUCUGCAUUAGUUAGGUCAAUCAAAAUGAAGUCGAAGGAAGUCGCUUUACCCAGUCAAGGUAAGGUAGCUCGGAAAUACAAACAUUUGCAGUACAAGGAGAAGAUGAAAAAAUAAGAGAAGUAAGAUGUUAUCCCCACAGUUUGGAGUAAAAGAGUUGCUUAUUUAUUCUGGUGGUGGAAAAGGAAUGUUGAGAGUUUGCAGAUAUUUGAAACUAAUUUUUGAAAGGGAACUUGUGAACUUGCUUCUCCAAUCGUCUCCUCAUUUGUUUGCAAUUCUAUAUAUCAUGUUUCUUAUGGGCAGUAUUCUUUUUUGCCUUGGCAUUUUGGUAACAUAGUUAUACCCUUUGAAUUUUCAUUUCUCUGCAAAUCAAGCAAGAAUUUGAUCUCA